UCUUUGGGGGUGGGGCCAAGAUGCGGUGGGUAGCAUUCGAAGUUCGAUCGUCGCCAGCGGCCAGCUUCGUGAAGUCGUGUCCGAGUAUGAUACAUACUAAGCAGUGUUGAGAAUUAUGGUGCCGAGUACCUAUACAAUGACGGAGCUAUAUACCAGUAGAUACUAGUAGGACACCAACCGAGGUGUAGCAGCUUGAUCGAUCAAUCGAUCGCAGUAGGCUGAGGUGGGGAUAAGCUCAUGUAAGUAUGUAAAGCAACGGCAUCCGCCCGUUGCGCGGCCAUUCGCAGACAGUAGCACUUCUCUAACCACAUAAAUCUAUGGUCAAAUCAUCCACUCCGUUGAAAGCCAGAGCUGGAGCUGAAGCCGCAGCUGAAGCCGCAGCCAUGACGUCGGCCGCUCCAUCCAACACCCGCAAUGAGCCCGCCGGCCACGGCCCACGCAUCAUCAUCGUCGGCGGGGGUCGGCCCCCUCCCCCCCUAAUUCCAAUCCCACGCUUCGCCGCCGCCACCACCACCACCACCACCACCACAACCACGAAAGGAGGUAGAUAUCAUACGCCUGCCCUUAAAACAGCCAAUAGGUAUAAACGUUUCCUUUCGCUUUGUUCUCCUCAGUCCGCAGGCGCAGGCAGCAGUCAUGUGUCAUCGGUGGUCACAUCCACGGUCACAUCCAUGGCCAAUCGCUGCCGCGCCCACUGCCCACCCCCACUAGUCGAAAAGCCGAAAGAAAAAAAAUAUAUGUAUGGACUCCAUGAUGAAAAGCCCACCGACGACGAAACGGGAACUUGGAUCUCCCGCUCUCGCUCUGUUCUCACUUGCACUUGCAGUUGCAGUUGCAGUUGCAUGGACGAUCUCGCUCGUCCAUCAUCCAUCCACCAUCCUUCAUCCAUCCACCAUCCUUCAUCCAUCCACCAUCCUUCAUUCAUCCACCCAUCCUCCAUCCAUCAAAUCCAUCCACACCCCACGCAUGUGUAGAGAGAACAGACAGGCAGCCCAGCCCGCGCAUAUGCAGGACGGUGACGAUGCGACGUGCAUAUCAGUUGCUGCUAUGCAUAGAGUACUUAGAGCAGAGUAGAGUACCCAGAGAGGCCAGUCAACCAAAUCGAGCCGCC